ACUGCUUGCCACUAACAACAACAACAGCAUUUUGCAGAGAACAAUUUUUGGAACUUCUUCGUUUCAUGUGCUCAGUAAAGAUGAAGGACGGACAAAGCUCUCGUUCCGAUUAUGUGAUUAGGGAAGCAAAAGAAAGAGCCCGACCAGAGCUCAAAGGUGAUUUUGGCUGGACAAAGCAUAAUUUUAUCUCUGACUUUGACAUGUCCUUAGAAGACACAAUUGCUAAAGAUAAUGUUCAAAGAGUAGAUGUCAGACAAAUAUCACAAGAUGAGUUUGUUGAAAAGUAUGAUAUCCCCAAAGUUCCUGCUGUAUUGACCCAUGUACAGGACCAUUGGCUGGCAAGAAAGAAAUGGAUCAAGGAGAGACUUGUAAAGAAAUAUAGAAACCAAAAGUUCAAGGUAGGGGAGGACAAUGAUGGCUACUCAGUGAAAAUGAAAAUGAAAUAUUAUUUGGAUUACGUUCGGAUGCAAAGAGAUGAUAGUCCUCUCUAUAUAUUUGAUGGAUCUUUUGGAGAGCAUCCAAAGAAAAAGAAGAUUCUAGAAGACUACGAAGUUCCAAGAUUCUUUGUAGACGAUUUGUUUCGAUAUGCUGGAGAAAAGAGGCGCCCUCCUUAUAGAUGGUUCGUAAUGGGUCCAGCUCGAUCAGGAACCGGAAUCCAUAUAGACCCACUUGGAACAAGUGCUUGGAAUGCUCUUGUAUCUGGUCACAAACGAUGGGCCUUGCUUCCUUCACAUACACCAAAGGAGUUAGUUAAAGUUAAAAGAAACGAAGGGGGAGACCAGUCUGAUGAAGCUGUCAUUUGGUUUCAAACAAUCUACCCUAAAACUCAGUUACCCACGUGGCCUGCUGAUUGUAAACCGUUAGAAAUAUUACAGAAACCCGGUGAAACAGUGUUUGUCCCUGGUGGAUGGUGGCACGUGGUAAUGAAUAUGGAUGACACCUGCGCAGUGACGCAAAAUUUUUGCUCAGUGGCUAGCUUUCCUAUUGUUUGGCACAAGACGGUUCGGGGAAGACCAAAGCUGUCAAAAAAGUGGUACAAAGUUCUUAAGAAACAUCGACCAGAAAUUGCCAAGGUUGCCGAUUCGGUUGACAUAAAGGAAGACACGGGGGUCGCAUCUGAUUCAAGUUCAUCGUGCUCAAGUAGCUCCUCCUCGUCGUCAUCUUCUGAUGAAAGCUCGGGAACAGAAAGCGAGUCAGAUUCCGAUAGCGAGGAAGAGAGGCAUCGGGAUAAACAUGAUAAUCGAGCUAAGAGACGAAAGAUCGAUGAAAGCUAGAAUCUGAAAAGAUGAAAGAUACAUCUUGGAACUCCUUCGUGUCUGCUGGUGUCAAAACAAAAGCAAGCUUCUUGGAGUUCAGGUUUUUGUUGGUAUAGAACCUACCUUGGUUACAGACUCAGAAUUGUCAGUUUCGUUAAAGUCUUUAACUAGAUUUUUUAUAUCAAGUAAACAGAGAAACACUUCUUAGAAUGAUAUUGUCAUUAAGGCGAAAAGAAUUUCCGUUUUGGAUUGUACUAGUUAUUUAUAUAUUCAUUUUGCCUUACAAA